GAUUACUUCACCCAAAGCCAAGAGUACCAAAAGUACGCUGCCUCAAUGGGGGUGUCGGAAGCCCCUAAAGAUGAUUCUCCUCGGACGACCCCCGAGUUGUCGCGAGCUGAUCAAUCCCCCUCAGAGCGCCCACCUCCAGGAUCCGCAGAUAGUGAUGAUGCUGAUGAGUUCGCACCAAAAAGGAAGCAAAGGAGAUAUAGAACCACGUUCACCAGUUUUCAGCUUGAAGAAUUGGAGAAAGCUUUCUCGAGGACACAUUAUCCUGAUGUCUUUACGAGAGAGGAGCUGGCUAUGAAAAUCGGCCUAACGGAGGCAAGAAUACAGGUGUGGUUCCAAAACCGACGUGCAAAAUGGCGAAAGCAGGAGAAAGUGGGUCCUCAGGCGCACCCCUACAACCCGUACCUAGGGGGGGCGGCGGGGGCACCCCCUCCCUCCGUUGUGGCUUCCAUGCCCAACCCAUUCUCACAGCUGGGCUUUGGGUUCAGGAAACCUUUCGAUACGAACGCUUUGGCGCAAUUCAGAUACGCUGGAGCACCAGUCCUGGGCGCGCAGUACCUCGGAGCUCCUCUCCCUCGACCGCCACUCUUCAGUGCUCCCCUAUACACUAGCAGUCCUCCCUUCCACUCCCUCCUAGCAGGCCUCGCCGCUCCACCCCGACAAUCCCCAGACCCACCCCCAGUCUCACCCCCAAUCUCCCCUGGAAGCGAAUCACCCCCAACCCAACCUUCAGCUCCAGAAAUAGAAAGAAGAAGCUCAAGUAUUGCUGCCCUCAGGAUGGCGGCGAGAGAACAUGAAUUGAGAUUAGAAAUAUUAAGACAGAGGCAUCAUACCGACUUGAUUAGUUGA